GCCGCCCGGCGGGUCUCCGCAAUGAGGAAGUUCUCGGGCUGCUGCUGGCUUCCUUUCCCUCGCUGAGCUCCUGAAACAGGAAGUCGGCCAGGGAGCUGGUGGCAGCGGCGGGGCCACCGAGCGGGGCCAGACGGACGGCGGCGCCGGCUCGCAGUGCAGGGGCCUCAGCUCCCCUCGGUGGCGCGUCGGUCCUGGGGUGGCCGCCGGCCCGGCCCCGGGAAGGCCCGUGGCCGCCAUGGUCCCCUGCUGGAACCAUGGCAACAUCACCCGCGCCAAGGCCGAGGAGCUGCUGUCCAGGACGGGCAAGGACGGGAGCUUCCUCGUGCGCGCCAGCGAGUCCAUCUCCCGGGCCUACGCGCUGUGUGUGCUGUACCGGAAUUGUGUUUACACGUACAGGAUCCUGCCCAAUGAAGAUGAUAAAUUCACUGUCCAGGCAUCCGAAGGUGUCCCCAUGAAGUUCUUCACCAAGCUGGACCAGCUCAUCGAGUUCUACAAGAAAGAAAACAUGGGUCUGGUGACCCACCUGCAGUAUCCUGUGCCCCUGGAGGAGGAGGAUGCAGGUGAUGAGCCAGAGGAGGAGACAGAAGGUGUCCUGUCCCCACCGGAGCUGCCACCGAGGAACAUCCCUGUAUCUGCCGGGCCAUGUGAGGCCAAGGAGGUCCCUCUGUCGAGCGAGAAUCCGAGAGCCCCCGAGGUCAGCAGGCCAAGCCUUUCGGAAACACUGUUUCAGCGGCUGCAGACCAUGGACACUAGUGGGCUUCCAGAAGAGCAUCUUAAAGCCAUCCAAGAUUAUUUAAGCACUCAGCUCGCCCUGGAUUCUGACUUCGUGAAGACAGGCUCCAGCAGCCUCCCUCAUCUGAAGAAACUGACCAUGCUUCUCUGCAAGGAGCUCUAUGGCGAAGUCCUCCGGACCCUCCCCUCCCUGGAGUCUCUGCAAAGGUUGUUUGACCAGCAGCUCUCUCCUGGCCUCCGUCCACGGCCUCAGGUGCCUGGUGAGGCCAAUCCAAUCAACAUGGUGGCCAAGCUCAGCCAACUGACAAGUCUACUGUCCUCCAUUGAAGACAAGGUCAAGGCCUUGCUGCAUGAAGGCGCCGAGUCUCCCCACCGGCGCUCCCUCAUCCCUCCGGUCACCUUUGAGGUGAAGUCAGAGUCUCUGGGGAUUCCUCAGAAACUGCAGCUCAAAGUCGACGUUGAGUCUGGGAAACUGAUAAUUAAGAAGUCCAAGGACGGUUCUGAGGACAAGUUCUACACCCACAAUAAAAUCCUACAGCUCAUCAAGUCUCAGAAGUUUCUGAACAAGUUGGUGAUUUUGGUGGAAACCGAGAAGGAGAAGACCCUGCGGAAGGAAUAUGUUUUUGCUGACUCCAAAAAGAGAGAAGGCUUCUGCCAGCUUCUUCAGCAGAUGAAGAAUAAGCACUCGGAGCAGCCUGAACCAGACAUGAUCACCAUCUUCAUCGGCACCUGGAACAUGGGUAACGCCCCCCCUCCCAAGAAGAUCACGUCCUGGUUUCUCUCCAAGGGGCAGGGAAAGACACGGGAUGACUCUGCUGAUUACAUCCCCCAUGACAUCUACGUGAUCGGCACCCAGGAGGACCCCCUGGGAGAGAAGGAGUGGCUGGAGAUACUCAGACACUCCCUGCAAGAAAUCACCAGCAUGACUUUUAAAACAAUUGCCAUCCACACCCUCUGGAACAUCCGAAUUGUGGUGCUGGCCAAGCCGGAGCAUGAGAACCGCAUCAGUCACAUCUGCACUGACAAUGUGAAGACAGGCAUUGCCAACACUCUGGGGAACAAGGGAGCUGUGGGGGUGUCGUUUAUGUUCAACGGAACGUCUUUGGGAUUUGUUAACAGCCACUUGACCUCCGGAAGCGAAAAGAAACUCAGGCGAAACCAGAACUACAUGAGCAUUCUCCGGUUUCUGGCUCUGGGGGACAAGAAGCUAAGCCCUUUCAACAUCACUCACCGCUUCACCCACCUCUUCUGGCUCGGGGAUCUGAACUACCGCGUGGAGCUGCCCCCCUGGGAGGCAGAAGCCAUUGUCCAGAAGAUCAAGCAGCAGCAGUAUGCAGACCUCCUAUCCCACGACCAGCUGCUCAUGGAGAGGAAGGAGCAGAAGGUCUUCCUGCAUUUUGAGGAGGAAGAAAUCACGUUUGCGCCCACCUACCGUUUUGAAAGACUGACUCGGGACAAGUAUGCCUACACUAAGCAGAAAGCCACAGGGAUGAAGUACAACCUGCCUUCCUGGUGUGACCGAGUCCUCUGGAAGUCAUACCCGCUGGUGCAUGUGGUGUGUCAGUCUUACGGGAGCACCAGUGACAUCAUGACCAGUGACCACAGCCCGGUUUUCGCCACGUUUCAGGCAGGAGUCACCUCCCAGUUCGUCUCCAAGAACGGCCCCGGGACUGUCGACAGCCAAGGGCAGAUUGAGUUUCUCAGGUGCUUUGCCACGCUGAAGACCAAGUCCCAGACCAAAUUCUACCUGGAGUUCCACUCGAGCUGCUUAGAGAGUUUUGUCAAGAGUCAGGAAGGAGAAAAUGAAGAAGGAAGUGAAGGGGAGUUGGUGGUGAAGUUUGGCGAGACCCUUCCAAAGUUGAAGCCCAUCAUCUCUGACCCCGAGUAUCUGCUAGACCAGCACAUCCUGAUUAGCAUUAAAUCUUCCGACAGCGACGAAUCCUAUGGCGAGGGCUGCAUUGCUCUACGGUUAGAGGCCACGGAAACUCAGCUCCCCAUCUACACACCUCUCACCCACCACGGAGAAAUGACGGGCCACUUCCGGGGGGAGAUUAAGCUGCAGACUUCCCAAGGCAAGAUGAGGGAGAAGCUCUACGACUUUGUGAAGACUGAGCGAGAUGAGUCCAGUGGGCCCAAGUCCCUGAAGAGCCUCACCAGCCACGACCCCAUGAAGCAGUGGGAACCUGCCAACAGGGUCCCUCCAUGUGGUAGCUCCAGCAUCACGGAAAUCAUCAACCCCAACUACAUGGGGGUGGUGCCCUUUGGGCACAUGAUGCAGUCCCUGUCCCCAGACCAGCAGCCCACAGCCUGGAGCUAUGACCAGCCGCUCAAGGACUCCUCCCUGGGGCCUGGAAGGGGAGAGAGUCCCCCAACACCGCCCUCCCAGCCACCCGUAUCCCCGAAGAAGUUUUCAUCCUCGAUAGCAACGCGGGGCCCCUGCCCCAGGACGCAGGAGUCAAGGCCCUGCGACUUGGGCAAGAACUCCGCAGAGCCUUCCCCUCAAGAGGACGUGCAGCUGACCAAGCCCGAGAUGUUUGAGAACCCGCUUUAUGGGUCCGUGAGUUCUUUCCCUAAGCUGCUUCCCAGGAAAGAGCAGGAAUCGCCCAAGAUGCUGAGGAAGGAGCCCCUGCCCGGCCCGGACCCAGGAAUCUUGUCGCCCAGCAUCCUGCUCCCCAAAGCUCAGGAGGCCGAGGGCACCAAGGGGACAGGCAAGCCGGCGCCCACGCCCUUCCUCAGCCCCACGCCCCGGCUCCGCUCCUUCACCUGCUCGUCCUCCGCCGAGGGCCGGCCGGCGGGCGGCGACAAGAGCCAGGCGAAGGCCAAGGCCGCCGCCAGCCUCCAAGCCCAGGUGCCCGCCAAGAGGCCCGUCAAGCCCUCCAGGUCGGAACUGAGCCAGCAGGCCCCGCCCCCGCCCCCGCCCCCUGCGGCGCAGCGGCCACCCCUCCCGGUCAAGAGCCCCGCCGUCCUGCACCUGCAGCACUCCAAGAGCCGGGACUACCGCGAGAACGCAGAGCUGCCCCACCACGGCAAGCACCGGCCGGAGGACGCGCCGCUCGGCCGGGCGGCCAUGCAGUAAGGCCCCCGGUGAGCUGCCAGCAAGACAGGAGCCCAGAGGAGCAGCGUGAAGCCACUCGGACCUUCUCCCAGGACCCCCUGCUGGUUCCUCCUACCUAGCUUCCUGUGCAGGGCUUCCUAUUUUUCAGGAGAGCGCCUAGCUUCUGUGUGGUCAGCAGAGUGCCCUGACUGCAAAACUUGGCACCAAGUGCCAAGGGUGGAAGAGAAAGUGUACCUGGGCCCCCAGCUUGAUCUUGGUACUUGGGACCCAUGAGCCUCGUUCCGGUCAUCAUUUUGAAGAAAGGAGCUAAAGUGCUGAUUUGCAGGUGGAGAUAGAAAAUAAUAAUAAUAAUAUUAAUAAUAAUAAUUGCUACAUGUAUGGAGCACUCACCACGUGCCAGGUACUGUGCUAAGUGCUUUACAAACAUGAGUUAAGUCUUCUUCAGCUGACCAAAACCACAUUUCCAGACGCCCAGUUCGGAACAUGUGUGUCCUGAGCGGUUUGGACAAAGCAUUAAAAAUUAAGGCCAGUGCCUUCCUGGAGUGAGACAGGGCUUGGGCUUUAGGGAGCUGAAGAGUGAGUGGUUCACUUAGGGUACAACAAACCUGGCUUUGUCUAGCUUCAGUGAUACCAGCUGCUUCAGCUAAAGCCCCAGGUUGCAGCAGAGCUGGCCCAGAGAAGGGAUCGCUCUCUGUCUUCUCAGUUCUUUAGUCAGAAGGAGAAGGAAAAUCAGCUCCUUCUCCCGGGGAGAGAUCCAACUUCAACUCAUGCUAGAGGUGCCCGGGCUCCCCUCGAGGUGGGCAGCCAUCACCAGGCCGCGGUUGGAGCCGAACCCCCCCGACACUUAUCUCAUUGUGCUCAUAGAAAAGUCUCUGCUGUCACUCCUGAAAGCCAAGCUCCCCUGCCUGGCUGCCAGGGAGGUGAGCCUCUCAAUUCCGGCUCUCAGAACAGUGCAGGCAUUUUUCUCCAAACUCUGUGGCUUUUGGCCCUGCUUCCUUGGUUACUAGGAGAGUAGAUUGGCGAUGUCUUUUCUUGUGUUGCUUUUUGACGUACAGAAUUAGCAUAGAAAACCAAAUCCAGAAGUGUGAGUGCAGGAGAAUGGGUACGCACCCCACGUCCCCGUGUGUGUCUGUCUGCGUGACCAAUAAAUUGUGCCUUUCUCACUCAGCUCCCAGCUGUGUGGCAGUUUUUUCCUGACAUUCAGCCACAGACGAUGCUUCUAGGCUGCAUCGUUUGGGGCUGCAAAGCUGCAGGAGGAGAGGAGAGGUUGUUGAGGUUCGUGGUGGUGGC